AUGAAAGAACAAGCCGUCAACAGAUGGCAGCCCCAGCCCAUGUUCUUCUACGGCACGCUGCAAGCCCCCGAGAUCCUCGCCUUUGUUCUCAAUCUCCAGGACCUCCCAGCCUUGAAACCCGCGACGAUUAAAGGAUAUAAAAUGAAGAUGAUCGGCGUCUAUCCUACUUUGAUACCUAACGGGAGCGAGGAAGAUAUUGUGCAAGGGUUUGUCUGGGAUGUGCAGACUGAGGAGAUGUUUGAGAGACUGGUGGAGUAUGAGACGGAUAUGUACAAGUGGGAGGUGUGUAAGGCGGAGACACAGGGUAGGCAGGAAGAGACAGCUGUGGUAGAAGAUUGCAGGGUCUUUAUUUGGGGUGGGGAGAAGGAUAGUGCAUUGCUUCAGGAAGGGACGUUUGACUUGGGAGAUUACAAGAGAAAGUUCUGGAAGGAGUAG